AUGUACGCGCUGACGCUCUCGGCGGAGUUGGCGGGAGUAACCAACCUGCGGCCAAAGGACACCGAAGAAAGCAACUUCUUCUACACAUUCAAGGUGCAAUGCACCUCUUGCCGGGAAACACAUCCUAACCCGAUCGCAAUCAACCGCUUUGAAACCAACGAGAUGAGCGGCAGUCGCGGCGAGGCAAAUUUUGUUUGGAAAUGCAAGAACUGCAAGCGCGAAGCCUCGGCCACUAUCAAGGCCGCCCCAAUCGCUUACGAGCAAGCUGAGCCAGCGAAGGCCCAAAGAAUUCUCGAAUUUGACUGCCGUGGGCUUGAAUUCACCGAAUUUCUCCCAGAAGGAGAGUGGCUGGUGGACGGGAUCGAGUCUAACACCAAAUUUGAUGGGGUUGAGUUGAUAGAAGGGGAAUGGUUUGACUACGACGAGAAGGCCGGCGAGGAAAUGAACAAAAACGAAUUGGCUGCCACAAUCGGCUUCCUGACCGACGCGGGCCACCUCCUGGCAAUCGCGGCGCCCGAUGCAUCGGCCCAUCUGAUGACCCGGCGGAACGACUUGAUGCUGGAGUACGACAUGACUCUCACGGACAAGGAGCGUCAACAUGUUUGCACGAGCUGCGGCCACAUCCUGCGCCUGGGGCAGGGCAGCGAAUUGCAGAUCAAAGCGAAGCCCAUCAAUCACCGAAACAGGUCUCGCCAAACCCAGGGAUCGAAAAGCAGAGCGGCUGCAAGGCUUGACUCAUCAACGACAUCGUCAGGCCCAAGUAAGAGCAUCUCCUGCGAACGUUGCAAGAGCGUGACAGAACUAGACGAUAUGCCCGAGCUUUUCGACACCAUUGGCGACAAGGUUGACAAGGUCGCUCCGGCGGCCGACGUCAACGGCGCAACCGUCGAUGAGGAAGAGAAGGUGGUUGAAGAGAUCGAGUCCCUCUGCAUGAAUUGCGAGGAGAAUGGCAUGACGCGGCUCCUCCUCACCAGGAUCCCCUACUUCCGCGAGAUCGUGAUCAUGUCCUUCUCCUGCGAGAAGUGCGGCUACAGCAACAACGAGAUCCAGCCCGCCGGCACUUUCCAACUCAAGGGCGCCCACUAUGAGCUCCGUUUGACGGCCAUGGCCGACUUCGAGCGCCAGGUCAUCAAGUCCGACACCGCGACCAUCAACUUCAUCGAGCUAGACGUCGAAGUCCCCGCGGGCAAGGGGCAGCUUACCAACGUGGAGGGCCUCCUUACAACCUUGAUUGACGACUUGGCUUUCAACCAGGAGCAGCGCAAGGAGGAGGCACCCGAGGCAUACACCAAGAUUGGCGAGAUCAUCGAGAAGGGGCGCAAGAUGCUAGACGGCGAGGGGUUCCCCUUCCGCGUCGCCGUCGACGACCCGGCAGGCAACUCCUUCAUUGCGCCUGACCCGCGCGACGGCGUAGGCAAGUGGGAGAAGCGCGAGUUCCUCCGCACCCCGGAACAGAACGCCGCGCUCGGCCUCGCCGACACCGCCGCGGAUAACAACGACCUCGACGCCAACGGCGACAUCAUCGCCGACCAACUCUACGAGUUCCCCGCCUCCUGCCCGGGCUGCAUGCACGCCUGCACCACCAACAUGAAGAUGGUCGACAUCCCCCACUUCCGCCAAGUCGUCAUCAUGAACACGACCUGCGACGACUGCGGGUACAAGUCCAACGACGUCAAAACCGGCGGCGAGAUCCCCGAGAAGGGCAAGAAAGUCACCCUCCGCGUGACCCAGCCCGUCGACCUCGCCCGCGACAUCCUCAAAAGCGAGAGCUGCGAGCUCGAAUGCCCCGAACUGCGCCUGUCCGUCAACCCAGGCACGCUCGGCGGCCGCUUCACCACCGUCGAGGGCCUCCUGACCCAGGUGCGCAACGACUUGCACGGGCAAAUCUUCGAUGCCGACGCCGAGAUCAAGGGCCGUUCGCACGACUCAGUUACUCCUGCCGAGCGAUCCCGCUGGACGGCUUUCUUCGACGGGCUUGACGCGGCUAUCAGCGGGGAGAAGGAGUUCACUAUCGUCCUCACCGACCCGUUGGCGGCUAGCUAUGUCCAGAGCCUAGCGGAUGACCCGAGCCAGCCGGACGAGCAGAUGACGGUGGAGGAGUAUGACCGGACGGAUGAGGAGGAGGAGGAGCUGGGGCUGAAGGAUAUGAAGACGGAGGGGUACGAGGAGGAUGCGGGGGUUGAGAAGGCGGGUGAGAAGACUGAGAACGGUGAGAAAGCCGCAUGA